GAUGCUUUGUUUCUUACAACCAUCAGCUUCCGAUCUGCGACCAAACCCUACGGAUUUAGCCACCUAACCAGUUCACACCGAUCUUCCAAUCCCUUUUGAACAUUCAUUUUCCCCCUGCGUACUUUCGAUUUCGCUUGUUUCAUUCUGUUGGGUAGAAAGCAAAAUGUCUUGCGCAGCUCGUAUAAUCAAUCACUCCAGAAAGUUGAGGAAUGCCCCCAGCUUGUUACAACAUGACCGUGCCUGUUUGGCUCGUUGUUUCUCUAGCGAGGCUCAACAAUCUAUGAACAGAAAUCAAGAUGUUUGUGAAUCCCAAUUUCAUGGUUGCCUGUCCCCAACGAAAAAGACUGUUUCCGAGCCUGCCUCCUACCACGCUAAAUUGUCAUUUGGUGGACAGACGAGAAACAUGUCAACAUGUUUCGCCCGGGGUUCUUUAAGCAAUGAGAAUUCAUGUUCUCAGGUCCAAUCGAGGAGAACUUAUGCAUCAGCUUCAGACCUUCCUCCGCACCAAGAGAUUGGAAUGCCCUCUCUAUCACCUACAAUGACUGAGGGCAACAUUGCAAGAUGGUUGAAGAAAGAAGGGGAAAAAGUUUCUCCUGGUGAAGUUCUGUGUGAAGUUGAAACUGAUAAAGCAACAGUAGAAAUGGAAUGCAUGGAGGAAGGUUAUCUUGCCAAGAUAAUACGUGGGGAUGGAUCAAAAGAAAUCAAAGUUGGAGAGAUAAUUGCUAUAACUGUUGAAGACGAGGAUGAUAUUGCAAAGUUUAAAGAUUAUCAACCGUCUGCCUCGGGUGCUAGCUCUGCCCCUGCUAAAGAACCAUCUGCCCCUCCCCCACCAAAGAAAGAGGUGGUAGAUGAGCCUGCCCGAGAACCUGAGCAAAAGGUUUCCAAACCCACUGCAUCUCCUCCAGCUGGAGAUCGCAUAUUUGCCAGUCCUCUUGCUAGACAGUUUGCUGAAGAGAAAAAUAUUCCUCUGUCAAGCAUCAAAGGAACAGGACCUGAAGGGCUCAUUGUUAAGGGUGAUAUUGAUGAUUACUUGGCUUCUGGCGUUAAGGAGGUUUCAGCAGCCUCAAAGACCAAGGUUACAGAUGCAGCUUUGGAUUACACUGACAUUCCUGUCUCUCAGAUUAGGAAGAUCACAGCUUCACGCCUACUAUUAUCCAAACAAACUAUUCCUCAUUACUAUUUAACAGUAGAUACAUGUGUUGACAAACUCAUGAGUUUGCGCUCCCAACUCAAUUCAUUGCAAGAAGCAGCUGGUGGGUCACGUAUUUCAGUUAAUGACCUUGUAAUCAAGGCUGCUGCUUUGGCUCUUCGUAAAGUUCCUCAAUGUAACAGUUCAUGGUCAGAUGAUUAUAUUCGCCAGUAUCAUAAUGUGAAUGUUAAUGUUGCCGUGCAGACCGAUCAUGGACUUUUUGUUCCUGUCAUCAGGGAUGCGGACAAGAAAGGCCUCUCGAAGAUAGCAGAAGAGGUCAAGCAAUUGGCAUCAAAGGCCAAAGAGAACAGCUUGAAACCCCAAGACUAUGAGGGAGGCACAUUUACGGUUUCAAACUUAGGGGGGCCAUUUGGCAUCAAACAGUUCUGUGCCAUCAUCAAUCCACCUCAGUCUGGCAUUCUUGCAGUUGGAUCUGCCGAGAAGCGGGCCAUACCGGGUUCAGGACCUGGAGAAUUUAAUAUUGCUUCUUUCAUGUCUGUAACUCUCAGCUGUGACCAUCGCGUAAUAGAUGGGGCAAUUGGUGCUGAGUGGUUGAAAGCAUUCAAAAGCUAUAUUGAAAAUCCAGAGUCAAUGUUGCUGUAAGAUUAAGCUUAACUUCCUUGCGAAUAUUCUCAACUGAUUAUUAAGGCGGGAAUGAGAAUAGUUCAUCUGGGCUCUAUCCACAUGCCCAUUCGGGUUUGGUGGAUUGUAUUCCUGACCAAUCUUCGAUUGAAAGUCUUUACCCUUUUUGGCCGAAAGUCUCGGUCUCUUCUCAGAAGAUGAAUUUUGCAAUUUUGUAUUUUGAAUAAGCAGGGCCGGAAGGGGCAUUUGAUACAUUUUGGAAUUUUCCUUUGAUAAGAGGGUAUUCCCCCAUAGAGGCAUAUUCGUGCUCGAGAUUUUUCUUGUCAGACUUUGUGAAUAAUCGGCAAUUUUCUUUUGAGAUGUGCUCUCAUUUCUUGUUUAGUUGGUUACAAUGAGGGGUAAAGCGGGCUCUUUCCCUGGAAUAAUUUGUUAAUAUGAAAAUUGGCAUUUUAUUGCUAA